CGGGAGGGUGGAAAGGGAGGCACAGGAGAGCGCUGUGGCGCAGCGGGCAGGACUCGCUGUGUGGAAAGGGGCGUCCCGAGCCGCGCCGGGGCCUUGUUGCUGCCGGGCGGGCGGCCCGAGGGCUCGCCGUGGUGCGAGAUUCUUCUUGCUCGGUGCCCUGUAGGAGAGCGCAGUUAAAAUCAUGGCACUGAAACAGGUUUCCAGCAACAAAUGCUUUGAAGGUUUCCAGAAGGUGUUUGAACACGACAGUGCAGAGCUAAAAUGCAAAAUGAAAUUUGGAAUCUACUUGCCUCCAAAAGCAGAAACUGGGAAGUGUCCUGUGCUGUAUUGGCUCUCAGGGCUGACCUGCACAGAACAGAAUUUUAUAACGAAAGCCGCGUUUCAACAAGCGGCAGCCGAGCACGGCCUUAUUGUUGUGGCACCAGACACAAGCCCACGUGGCUGCAAUAUUGAAGGAGAAGAUGAAAGCUGGGAUUUUGGCACCGGUGCUGGUUUUUAUGUGGAUGCUACUGAAGAUCCUUGGAAGACAAACUACAGGAUGUAUUCCUACGUGAAGGAUGAGCUGCCUAAACUAAUAAAUGCCAAUUUUCCAACUGACCCUGAACGGAUGUCUGUUUUUGGGCAUUCCAUGGGAGGUCAUGGAGCUCUUAUUCUUGCUCUGAAGAAUCCUGGGAAGUACAAAUCUGUGUCAGCAUUUGCUCCGAUCUGCAACCCAAUGCAGUGUCAGUGGGGAAAGAAAGCCCUUGGUGGAUAUCUGGGACCAGAUGCAAGCAAAUGGGAGGCAUAUGAUGCUACACAGCUUGUGAAGUCCUACUCGGGCUCCCGCCUCGACAUCUUGAUUGACCAAGGCAAAGAUGACCAGUUCCUGUCUGCGGGCCAGUUACUGCCUGACAACUUCAUCGCUGCCUGCACCGAGCGGAAAAUCCCAGUAGUCUUCAGACUGCAGCAGGGUUACGAUCACAGCUAUUUUUUCAUUGCUUCAUUUAUUAAUGACCACAUCAAACACCAUGCAAAAUACCUCAAUGCUUGAACCAUUUGGAUGUGAGUGCUGCUUGGCCAAUAUGAAUUAAGAGAUAGUGGUGAACUAAACAAAAAUCAUUUGCUGAAAUAAUGUUUGUAAAAUGGAGCUCUUCUGAUUGUACUUCUAAGAAAAAUAAAAGUCCCACUUAAUUUGA